AGGUUCUCUCUCCCUCCCAAAUCUUCACUGGCCAAGUUCUAGGGUUUUCUGGAACCUAAAGAGGCUAAUCGUCUCCCUUUCUCAUUAAUUCUGAAGAAAUUACUGAGCUUUCUGUCCCCAAUUCCAUGUUCGUUCUCUGUUUCGAUGCGUUGAGUAAGUUCGGUCUGUAAGUGCACCAAAAUGAGCGGAGCUGCCUUGAAGUUCGAAAACCCGAUCCGAGAUGCAAUUUCCAGAAUUCGGUUCGCUCCGAAAUCAGACAACCUCCUCAUCUCUUCUUGGGACUCUAGCCUGAGAUUGUACGACGUCGGAAACUCGGCACUCAGGUUAGAAGCUUCGUCGGAAGCUGCGCUCCUCGAUUGUUGCUUCCAAAACGAGUCCGUCGCUUUUAGCGCUGGCUCUGAUGGCUUCAUUAGAAGGUAUGACUUGCAUUCUGGAAUUCAUGAUUCAAUUGGAAAUCAUGAUGACACAUCAACAUGUGUUGGAUAUUCUGAUGAAACCUGCCAAGUAAUCACUGCUGGUUUGGAUAAGAAGAUAUUGUCAUGGGACACACGUACGCCGAAGGGUAUUGCAUGUGUAAGAAAUAUGGAUUCAGAGGUGAUGUCCAUGUCACUCUCAGGCUUUGAUAUGAUGGUAGCUGUUGGAGCAUCAAUAUAUGUAUAUGAUUUGCGCAGGCUAGAAAAACCAUUUCAAUCAAAAGAUUCGCAUAUGGGUGUUCAGAUUGUAUGCGUUAGUUCAAUUCCGUAUGCUAAAGGUUUUGCAGUUGGCUCAGUAGAUGGACGUGUAGCAUUGGAGAUUUCCUGCCCAUCGAAUUCAGAUGACAUCAGAUAUAUGUUCCGGUGUCAUCCAAAGUCAACUGACAGCAAAUAUCAUCUGGUGUCGGUGAAUGACAUUGUAUUCAAUCCGAUCAUCUACGGUGCCUUUGUUACUGGUGACAAUGAGGGUUAUGUUACUGCAUGGGAUGCUACAAGCAAAAGGAGGCUGUUUCAGUUGCCUAGAUACCCAAACAGUGUGGCAUCCUUAUCGUACAAUCACAGGGGACAACUUCUGGCUGUUGCAUCAAGCUACACAUAUCAAGAAGCUAAUGAAAUAGAAGAGCCUCCUUUGGUAUUCAUACAUGAAGUUGACAAUGACAACAUGAGAUCUGUAUCUGUUGGAAGUUCAAGCAGAAGAUAAUUGUACAGAGUCAGAUGAAGGUAAAGAUCUACAGGAUCAUGUGUAAAGUUAUGAUGCUCGUGGCGUCCUUGUAUAUUAAGUGUUGCCCUUCCUGAACAUGGAGGAAAUGCUGUACCCACCGAAAUUGGAUGAAUAGUCAGCUGCAAAAUCUAGAAUUUUAGGAAUUGCACCUGUUGUAGAAUGGUGUUAACUUUUGUAACGUUCUUCUAGACAGAAACUACUUCCAUGAGUUUUGCUCUACUGGUUGUAUGAAGCAUGCUUGUUUAUUUGUUUGUAUUAAUGUGAACCUUCCACAUAA